CCGCAGCCCUCGGCGCGCGUCUGGCCGAGCGGGUGACGGGCGCGCCGGGACCCCCGGGCGGCGAUGCUGCUGCUGCCGCUGCCGCCGUCGCCGCUUCUGUAGGGAGCGCCGGAGCCCGCUGCGGAGAGAGGUCGGCUGAACAAAGCUCAGGCUCAGUUGUGCUUCCUGCUUGUCAGCCUCUUGCCUCCCAAACGCGUACCAUUUCCACUUGAUGUCAUCACGCAGAAGGGGGUGAAAGGGACUCGGUGACAGAUUCAGUGUUCGAAAUAUCAAGAAGGACGUGCAGAAGUGGAUGCUCCCCACUCCCAGAUGUCGGCAGUAGUGUGUUUUAGUUUUAGGUUGGAGGAGCCCUAGAGAACUACACAGCAAAAUAUUGAUGUAUGCUUCUCAUUCAUGUAGUGGACGACUUUGAAGUUGCUUCUAAAGCCCAUACUUAUCCUUGUGACCUGAGGCGGCCUUUCUGGAUGCCCAGGGCAGUGAGUGCCCUGCGGAGUCAGCUAAGGGUGACUAGGCUGGACUUCCCUCCGCCCUGUGGUCUCCAAGCUGACACUGAACAGGUGUGGCUGCUCUUGAGACAUUGAAUAAACUGGGAAGAAAAGAGAAACAUUGGAAAAUAUUUAAAAAAUGCUUUUCCUUGGGAGAAGCACCCCUGAACAUGGCGCAGAUAGGUGCCAUCAGCUGAUAGCAACACUUGAAGGCCUGUGCUGGCUGCAAGGGAAAUGGAGAGAAAGGAAAGCCCAGCUUCAUGCCUUACCACGAAUGGGGGUUUGUGAAGGAGGCACGGGGCAUCCAGAUUGUCCCCCAGGGGCUCAUUAAGUUCUAAGAAGAAAUGAACACGCCCGAGUAUGCUAGAUGCCUGUGAACUCCCCGAUCCCCCGGCGGCUUUGGAGAGACUGCAAGAAAGAAGGUGGCGGAGUGGUGGACUCUGAGAACAAGCUCCUCCCCCUCGGCCUUGGCCUUCCUGCCCACAGUCCACCAUGGAGACGCUCUCCCAAGAGUCUUUGCUGGAAUGUCAGAUCUGCUUCAAUUACUACAGCCCCCGGCGAAGGCCCAAGUUGCUGGACUGCAAACACACGUGCUGCUCGGUGUGCCUUCAGCAGAUGAGGACGAGCCAGAAGGACGUGAGGUGCCCCUGGUGCCGGGGCAUCACCAAGCUGCCCCCGGGCUUCUCCGUGUCCCAGCUCCCGGACGACCCCGAGGUCCUUGCCGUCAUCGCCAUCCCGCACGCCUCCGAGCACACCCCAGUCUUCAUCAAACUUCCGAGCAAUGGGUGCUACAUGCUGCCCCUGCCCAUCUCCAAGGAGCGAGCGCUGCUGCCCGGGGACAUGGGCUGCCGUCUGCUGCCCGGGAGCCAGCAGAAGUCCGUCACCGUGGUGACCAUCCCGGCAGAGCAGCAGCCUCUGCAGGGCGGGGCUCCGCCCGAGGCGGUGGAGGAGGAGCCAGACAGGCGGGGCGUGGUGAAAAGCUCCACCUGGUCUGGGGUGUGCACUGUGAUCUUGGUGGCCUGCGUCCUGGUCUUCCUUCUCGGCAUCGUGCUCCACAACAUGUCCUGCAUUUCUAAGCGCUUCACUGUGAUAUCCUGUGGCUGAAGAGGGCUGCGGGGAAGUCUCUUGUGGGUGCCAACUAGCGGUUGAGCAGGUGUUGGUGAUGGAUCGCGGUGAGGAGAUGGGGGGCCACGCUGAUCAUUGGGUGCCGAGUGCUGGCCUCUGGGCUGCCACUUGAUUAACCCAAGACAGACACGAAGGGCAGAAUGUGAGGUGUCAGCAAGAUACCAGGCAGAGCGCUCUGAUUAUUGGUGGCAACAGCUUCCAAGACGAUCGCAUGCAUCCUCAUAAUCAUGUAUUAAAUGGACUGUAAUUUAUGAUUUCUCAAAAUCAUGUUGCCAGGUAGACCUAUUCUACUUAGAUGUUAAACUGUGGAAGUGCAUACAAUGUGAUCUUCUCUAAAUGUGGUAGAUUAAAACAAAGAUGCUAUGUAUACAAGUAGAAUUAAAUCUGAGAAUCCAUGUAAAAAUUCAGUGAUGACAUGCAGUGCUGGUUUCUUUCCUUUUUUAAAAAAUGAAACCCAGUCUUCAUUUAGUUGCUAAGGCCUUUUAUACUUUUUGAAUGGCACCCAAAUUAAAAUAAGUUAAGUGGACAGUUGUUUUUUCAGGAAGAUAUUUGAACAAGUGUUUCCAGUGUGCUGUGUUUUGUCACGUACCUCCAUUUUUCUUCCCUUGUAAUUAGAGCUCGCUAUGUGUUUAUUAAACUGAAAGCCCAACAGGGGAGCAAUAAACUGAGUAAUAAUGAGAAAUGCCUAAUCCCACAGGAAACCUACAUGCGAAUUUUUCUCAAGCCAUCUCACAA